AUGCAUUCGUCGAUGCUCGAAGAAGUUGCGCAUAAUGGACAGCCCGUAGUUUGCAAAAAACCGCAACAGCUUCAUGCCGUCAUUGUUGAGGUCGCUAAGGCCGUUUGUUCCAAUCACACCGUUCCACUUUACGGCGUCUACUGCGACACGCGCAUUAAAAUGGCCCAUGUGUAUGAGGUCAGCUCGAGGCACUUCGGAGAGAGGACAGUGCAGUUCCUCAAGGAAGGUAUCAUAUUCUCCCUCCAAACUGGGCGCAUACAGCUGUACCAAGGUCAACGCUUUACUCUGUUGUAUCUCCAGUUGGAAGAUUACUAUCCUUCCGCUGACAGGCUUCCAAUCAAUGGUUCUAUCUGCGAGGUUGGCAGCAACAACGGCCUGACCGCGCGUCGUGAUAUGGAUACCUGA